AGUUAUUUGGCAUCAGAAAAUUAAAAAAAAGCCGUUAGCGUGUUGUUUUUGUUUGAGAAUUUCCCAAAAAUAUACAUAAAUAUCUUAUCAACAUGUCUAUCGAUUUAAAUUCAUUGAGUACGGCGUUAAAUGAACCGAAUAGGACUGCGAGUGGUGUUGAUUUUUCCGGACGAUCCUUGAAAUUAGACACAGAAAAAGAUGCCCAACCGAUAAUAGAUGCGAUAAAUGCUUGCCCUGAUUUACAAUACCUGACUUUGACUGGCAACACUUUGGGAGUGGAGGCAGCACAGGCUAUAUCUAAAGCACUAACACGGCACCCAGAGUUGAAAACUGCCAGCUUCUCUGACAUGUUCACGGGCCGAAUGAAGACAGAGAUACCACCGGCACUGAGUGCACUCGGGGAUGGUAUGAUAGAAGCAGGCGCUCGUCUCAAAGUGCUUGACCUUAGCGAUAAUGCUUUCGGACCGAUCGGCGUUGAGGGGCUCGCGAAGCUACUACAGAGUGAUGUUUGCUCUCAGUUACAAGAGCUGCAUCUGAACAACAAUGGGCUAGGCAUAACCGGGGGCAGGUUACUAGCUAGAGCUCUCUCGGCCAGCCCCAGGCACCUACGUGUAUUCGUGGCUGGGAGGAAUCGGCUGGAGAACGAGGGUGCCAAAGCACUAGCCAACGUGUUCCAGUCUAUGGGCUCUCUGGAAGAGGUCUCAAUGCCGCAGAACGGUAUAUACCAUUCGGGUAUAACUGCCCUGUCGGAGGCCUUCAAAGAGAACCCGGGACUCUCCUGUCUCAACCUCAACGACAACACCAUGGGACCCACGGGCGCCGCCGCCAUAGCUACAGCACUACCCAGAUUGAAGAAACUAAAGUCUAUCAAUUUUGGAGAUUGCCUAUUGAAAAGCGCAGGCGCUAAAGCGUUGGCGAAAAGUUUAAAAGACUCUGUAUUAUUGGAGUCUUUGGAUCUCAGUCACAACGAAAUUGGCAGGGAAGCGUGUAUGGAAGUCGUAGACGCCCUGACAUCUCUACCUGACAGCUCGGACAGACUCACCCGCGUUGUAUUGGCGGGAAAUAGUUUGGGUGGUGCGGAUAACAAAAGCACGAUGAAAAAGAAACUCGGCGCAUCCGCGGAGCUCAGUGAUGGGGAAGGCAGCGAAGACGAAUAUGUUACGGGCUCGGACUCUGAUGAGAUGGAAGAAGAGCAGGGACAGUCCGACGAAGACAGCGCCCCUGAGGACUCGCAGAACCACAUCACACGUGACCCAGGCGAGGAGAUCAGUCUGGACCGAAGCGGUAUAGAAGAAGUCCACACAGACGUCGGGAAGUUCCUGAACAACCCGAUCGUAGAGAACUUAAUAAAUCUAGGAAGUAACCCGGCUGACGUCAUCGAUGCACAUUUACAGUCAAUACGCGACCAGGAGAGUUUAACUCUCGCCUACGUGGAAGCUCUGUGCUGUGUGUCCGGACUCUCCGCGGAGAGUGUGACCGCUGCGGAGACAGCUAGACUUCUCUAUCACACACUGGUGCAGAGAGCGAGACAGCAAUGGUUACUAGCGAACACUCUACUGCGAGCAUUGAAACUCAUUAAGUCCGAGAACAAAGACUACAAGAUAAGAUGGCGGAUCCCAGCUUGUUACUCUGCGUUGGCAGCUGAAAUCGACGCUUCGUACUUCCCCGCGGCGUUACGGGACACCCUAAAGUUCUUCGUUGCCAGCAAAAUGGCGUCCCUUCCGGCGGAAGUGCGCGCCGUAAUCGAAAAACAUCCCAAUUUGUUCACGUGAUGAAUUUCGUAUCGACAUGUUGAGUUUUAUUUGAGUAUUAUUAAGGAAAUAAUGAAUUAAAGUGACUUAAGACUUGC